AUGACGCAGUUGCCCACGACGCCGGUAGCGAGGGGCAUGCACUACCGGUCCAUUGGCAUAGCCGCUGUUGCCAUUUCGGGGCUGCCGACAGUAUGGAACAUUGUUGCCCGUAAUGAGUACCGCCGUCACACGAUCGAGAAGGCUGUGAGAGGCAAGAAGGUUGGCGCCUAUGUCUUAGCGGCCGCCAUCUUUGUCGCCAGCGGUCUGCGCGACUACACGUUUCACAACGCUAUGGCCCAGAACCCAAGUUCGGUCUUCCCUAUCCUCUGCACGCACGCCUUUGGCCCUGAAAACGCAGGUGUCGUGCGCGGCGUCAUGAGGGGUGUCGGCGUUGCACUGAUGGCGACAGGCACGACACUUGUCAUAUCGUCUUUCCUCCGACUCGGCAUCACGGGUACGUAUCUCGGCGACUACUUUGGCAUCUUGAUGGACGAGCGCGUAACGGCCUUUCCCUUUAGCCACUUCGACAACCCCAUGUACCUCGGCGCGACGCUGAACUUCCUGGCCGCCUCCAUUGCCCAAAACAACGCCGUUGGGACACUGCUGACAGGGUUGGUGGUGCUGGUGUAUCAUGUAUCGACCAAAUACUUUGAGAACCCCUUUACUGCAAUGAUCUACCGCAAGCGCGCGGAGGGCCGGGCAGCCGCUGGCGUCUCUGCCUCGGCGAAGAAGCAGUAA